AUGUCUUCCCAUUGGUGUCACAGGUGCAACCGAUUUGUCAGAGCAUGGAGACAACAUGGCAUUACAACGUGUCCCGAUUGCGACAGCGGAUUCGUCGAAGAAAUCGAACAUCCGAACCGGUUUCUCACCGGGGAAGGUCGCCGCCGUCGGUUCCCUUCGGCGGCGGCAAUGUACAUGAUCGGCAACCGGACCGGUUCUGAUCAAAAUUCCCGUUCCUCUCGCCGGCGGAAUUGCAUAAACACCGGCGGCAACCGUUCACCGUUCAACCCUGUUAUCAUGUUCCGCGGCGAAGGGUCAAGUAGUCGUGACCGUGGCUUCGAGCUUUUCUACGACGACGGUGCCGGUUCCGGUCUGCGACCGUUACCUCAGAGAAUGUCGGAGGUUCUUCUGGGUUCAGGGUUCGAUAGAGUAAUGGAACAGCUUUCACACAUGGAAGCCAACGGUAGUGUUGGGAGACACGGCCAGAAUCCCCGUCCGGCGUCAAUAUCUGCCGUGGAGUCGUUGCCGGCGAUUGAGAUAAAUGAAACCCACAUGGCAACAGAGUCACAUUGUGCGGUUUGCAAAGAGCCUUUUGAACUUGGCAUCGCAGCGAAGGAAAUGCCAUGCAAACACAUUUACCAUCAUGAAUGUAUCUUACCAUGGCUUGCAAUUCGUAAUUCUUGCCCUGUUUGUAGACACGAAUUGCCCUCUGAAGAAGCGAACGGGCGUUUGGAGCAAAUCAACGAAGAAGAGAACGUGGGGUUGACUGUUUGGAGGUUACCGGGUGGUGGGUUUGCGGUGGGAAGGUAUGGUGGUGGAAGAAGAGGUGAGGUUCCUCUUGUGUACACAGAAGUUGAUGGUGGGUUUAACUUUAACAGUGUUGUUGGGGAACCAAGGAGGGUUUCUUGGUCGGUUUCUUCUUCUAGAGGGAGAGGAAGUGGUGGUUCUUUGCGAAGAAUGUUUCAUAGUUUGUUUGCUUGCUUCAGAAGUGGUAGUGUUGUUGGGCCUCAUAGUUCUGUUUCUAUUAGAGAGCAUUCUAGAACUAUGAGGAGUGCUAGUGCUAUUGCUACUACUUCUCUUUAUAAUGUGGAUCCCUCGCCACGUUCGCGUAGGACUUGGUCUAUGGAUGUAAACAGUGGAACUAGACCCUGGUAA